AACCAUUGUCUAAAUUUUCCAAAUAUGCCUGUAUUUUGAUUGAAGACAACGCUACAAAACCCCGUUUUAUUCCGACUCCAUCUGUCUCUAGAUGCUGGGUUACCACAAGAGUGAUUUGCCUUCCUUCCUGCAAGAUUGGUUGUGAAUUGUCCGAGUAGAAGACAGAUGGGAAAGGACAAGCCCCAUGGUGAUGACAAAGGGCUCUUUUCUCACAUGGCUGGAUAUGCCAUGGGACACUAUCCUCCAAAUGGAUACCCUCCACCAGCACCUGGCUAUCCUCCUCCAGCCCCAGGUGGUUAUUCUCAUAUGGGCUAUCAUCAUCCUCCAGCUGGCUAUCCUCCUCCACCCUCAUAUCCUCCGCCUGGUGCAUAUCCUCCGUCCGGUGGAUAUCCCCCAGCAGGUUAUCCUCCUGCUGGUUAUCCUGGUCAUUCAGCUCCACAUCAUCAUGGGCAGGGAUCUAGUGUUGGAGCAAUGAUAGCUGGAGGUGCUGCAGCUGCAGCUGCUACUUAUGGAGCCCACCAUCUCACCCACGGUCAUCAUCAUGGGUUUGGUCAUCACGGAAAGUUUAAGCAUGGAAAGUUCAAGCACGGGAAAUUCAAGCACAGUAAGUUUGGAAAGCGUUUCAAACACGGUCUGUUUGGAAAACAUAAGCUCUUCAAACGAUGGAAGUGAUUUGUGCAAGAAAAGUCAUUGUUUGAGAUCACAUGCUGUAUUUGCUUUAUUGUUUCUCUAUGCUCUUUGGUAGUUCUUACCUUCCAUGAGGUAUGAACCCAGUGCAAUUAAGUGUAAAUGCAGGGGCGGUUCCUUGCAGCUGUAAAAUUGACUUAUCAACUUGUUUUCAUGCUACAGAAGCAAUAAAAACAAUAGAGCCACCUUUUUCAUGCUUCUUCUAAGUUCUAACACUGCUAGUGUUGGCAUGUAAGGGAAGCAAUGGAAGUAGUGAGACUGGGAGUGGAUACUACUAUUUUCUUUGUCUGGGUUUGUAAAAAAACAGAAAUGUUACUGAAGGAAGUAUCUACCCAUUAUCUGGCUUGUACUUCCCCUUUUAAUCUCUUUUUUCAACUUUCCUUCCACUUUUUGGUUGUUAGAUAAUAAAUGGUUUGAAAGUUAUCUCUUGCACU